GUAUUUUAUAAAUUUUUUCGAAAAUGUUCGUCGAACAGAAUGUGCUUUGCAGUGUCUACUGCUAAAAUCAGCAUGUGCGGGAAUCCUGUACAACGACAUGCUUUUUUCUUGUAAACUCCUGAAUCGUCAUUUAAAUGAAAGAUCCGUUAACAGAACACGUGUUGAAGUUGGGUGGACAUUCUUUAACAUUUGUCCUGUUGGCUGGGUUCUUUUUGGAGGUCAUUGCUAUUUUCGAAGCCAGACGGAAGACUCCUGGAAUAACGCCCAAGAAGACUGUUUAAAGUAUGGAGCUCAUCUUGUUGAGAUAGAUACACCCGCGGAAAAUACAUGGCUCAUGGAAUCCUUUCUUCCCCCCUGGAAUGACGUCGCCUGUUCUACGUGGCACAAGUGCUGCAGUUGUUGGAUUGGGGCAACAGAUAUCGAUAGCGAAGGUGUUUUUACUUGGAAUCGCCGUACCAACAUCACGUUUACAAACUGGUACCCUAACGAGCCAAAAAACUAUUUAGCAGAGGAAAAUUGUGUCGUGUUGUGUCAAAAUGGGCUCUGGAAUGACGAAUUUUGUAAUUCCAAAUUUACUUUUAUUUGUAAAAAAUGAUAUGGUAAAGUUUAACCACAGAUUUAGUAAGUUUA